GUAAUUAUAGGGUUAAUCUGUGAGGAAACACUUGUUGACCCCGUAGCUGUAAACCUCCUUUUCAGCUUAGGAUUGAACUCCAUGUGGCAUUUGUGAAAUAGUUGUCCGUCGUAACUCUUGGCCAGCAAUAAUGUCUGGAGGUCUCAGUGUCUUAGCUCUUCAACAGGAUGAUGUUACUAAGUUUCUUGCUUGCAGUACUCAUAUUGGGACCAAUAAUCUCGACUACCAGAUGGAGCAGUAUGUCUUUAAGAGACGGUCUGAUGGUGUUCAUCUGAUAAACCUAAAAAAAACCUGGGAGAAACUUCUGCUUGCUGCUCGAGCCAUUGUUGCUAUAGAAAAUCCCGCAGACAUCUGUGUUAUUUCUGCCCGUCCAUACGGCCAGAGAGCUGUUCUUAAAUUUGCAUCGGCAACCGGCUCAACUCCCAUUGCUGGACGAUUCACCCCAGGAACAUUCACCAAUCAGAUUCAGGCUGCUUUCAGAGAGCCCCGCCUCCUCGUUGUAACUGAUCCCCGAGUUGACCACCAGCCUGUGACAGAAGCUUCCUACGUGAACAUUCCUGUUAUUGCCUUCUGUAAUACAGAUUCUCCUAUGAGAUAUGUUGACAUUGCUAUACCAUGCAAUAAUAAGGGCCCUCACUCUAUUGGCUUGAUGUGGUGGAUGUUAGCCAGAGAAGUGUUGAGGAUGAGGGGCACCAUCAGCCGUGCCAUCAAGUGGGAUGUGAUGGUAGAUCUGUACUUCUACCGUGACCCUGAAGAGGCUGAGAAAGAAGAACAGGCUCAAGUACAAGAAGAAAAGGCUCCAAAGGAAGUAACAGAAGCACCAACAGAGCAGUGGGGUGGUGGCGACGUAGGCAUUCCACAGCCUGAUGUGGAAGAUUGGGGAGCCGAGCCAAUUCCAGUAAUGGGUACUCCUGCUGCAGCCCCAGCUCCAACAGAAGAUUGGUCAGCUGUUACGGAUGAUUGGUCUGCAGGUCCUACACCAGCAGCACCUCCAGCCUGGGGAGGAAGUGGAGCCGACAAUUGGGAUUAAAAAUGAUACCCAUUGGUCAUCUCUCCAAGAUUAAAUUGAAGAAAGAAGAUUAAAGUAAAAAUCUUUGAAAGAGAAAGCUUUGUCUGAGUUUAUGUAAUUGAAGAAAUAAGAUUAAAGAUAAAACUUUGAAAGAGAAA